AUGGCGGUGACACCUACGCAAUUCGCGCGCACGACGCGGACAUCGGCCAAUUGGGGCGAAGCGAAGCGACGAGUGCUUGCGGCCUACCGAGAAUGGCUCCGAGCAGCCCCUGAGAUGCAGACAAUGUACUCCAUCCCCUUCGAAGUGGCUAUCAUCCGCACGAGAAUGCGACAAGAGUUCGAGCGACACAGAUACGUGAACAAGCUGCCGGUGGUCGACGUACUCCUCAUGCAGAACAACGCCGAAUACCAGGAAACCAUGAACUUCUGGAAGCAAACCACACACGUCAUGUCGUAUUUCAAGACCGAGAACUUCCGCGGAACGGACAGACUGCCGGACAACUUCAUGAAGGGUUUCCUCGAGGGUCGCAACUAG